ACCAAAAAGUCAAAUAUCAUAUUUUAGAGGGAAAACACUCAACAACUUCCAUGGAUUCCAUCUCCUCUCAUCCUUCUUUCCAUUUUCAGUUCACUCUCAACCCACAAACAAACCCUCUCCUCUCUGAAUUUUACCUCAACCCGUAAUCAGAAAUUUCCACUUUCUUCAACUCUCCCGGAUUCUGCCUCUUUUCCUUUCAUUCCUCUGUUUUUGGGGCUUCAUUCUUUUUGCCUUUUCCCAUGGCUUCCAUCUCAAACAUUAUUCACUCUCCAAUUCAUUCACAUCGGUUACCUUCCUUUCGCUUGUUUCCCAAUAGAACAUUUCCCGCCAACUCUUUUGUUCUCAAACGUCGAUCACUUGCUUCGCCUUUGAGCUCCCCGUUGACGGAGAAUCCAACUGUUUCGCCGUCGGUGGAACUAUCUCACAAGGCUAUUGGCCUUUUAAGUUCUAGACAACCUUUAAAGUCUCGAAGUGUUGUUCGUUUGCCGGUGGUGAAGGCGGCUGCAGCUGAUGCUGAUGGAGCUUCCGAUGGGUUGACUAGCUCUUCGGAGAGCUUUGGUGCAAGAUUUCCAGCACUUAUUACUGGGUUCUACUUCUUUAUGUGGUACUUUUUAAAUGUUAUUUUCAACAUACUCAACAAAAAAGUUUACAAUUAUUUUCCAUAUCCAUACUUUGUCUCUGUCAUACAUCUUCUUGUUGGAGUUGUAUACUGUCUCGUUUCUUGGGCUGUAGGUCUGCCAAAACGUGCCCCGAUCGAUAAGGACCUCUUGCUAUUAUUGACUCCAGUUUCGCUAUGUCAUGCACUUGGACAUGUGAUGUCAAAUGUUUCGUUUGCAGCUGUUGCUGUGUCCUUCACUCACACCAUUAAAGCUCUGGAGCCAUUCUUUAACGCUGCUGCUUCUCAAUUCAUUUUGGGACAUCAAAUUCCCUUCAGCUUGUGGCUUUCUCUAGCACCUGUUGUUCUAGGUGUGUCAAUGGCAUCACUAACGGAACUUUCUUUCAAUUGGAUCGGCUUUGUUAGUGCAAUGAUUUCAAACAUUGCAUUUACCUAUAGAAGUAUAUAUUCGAAGAAAGCCAUGACAGGAAUGGACAGUACAAACGUGUAUGCAUACACCUCAAUAAUUGCUCUUUUGUUUUGCAUUCCUCCCGCAGUAAUGAUUGAGGGACCGCAAUUGCUGCAGCAUGGUUUUAAGGAUGCCAUUGCCAAAGUGGGUUUACAUAAGUUCCUGUCUGAUCUUUUCUGGAUCGGCAUGUUUUAUCAUUUAUACAAUCAGCUUGCCGCUAACACUCUCGAACGUGUUGCACCAUUAACGCAUGCUGUAGGAAACGUAUUGAAGCGAGUUUUCGUGAUUGGAUUCUCCAUUGUUGUUUUCGGCAACAAGAUCUCAACUCAAACUGGAAUCGGUACUGCUAUAGCAAUUGCCGGUGUCGCCAUCUACUCCUUGAUUAAAGCAAACUUGGAGGAGCAAAAACGGAGAGCUGCAAAAAUUCCAUCAUCAUAAAAGUUCAGCACAAUCCACCGUAGAUAGACACUGUUUAUAAACGAGGCUGGAGAAUUCACCCGAGUUGGUUGCUUGAUCACUCACCAGAGGAGUCUUCUGUACACCCACAAAUUAACAGACUCCAGAGAAUGGAAAAAAAGAGAUGGUAACUACGAAUUUAUCCAGGCUUUAUUGAAGUUAUUGAACAUGUUUUUAAGGGUAUCUCCAAUUAGAAUUUGCUGGAUGAUUCCCAUACAGCUUAAUCAUAUGAGUGUAGGAAUAAAUCCAUGGUCCUGAUUCAUUCAACAUCUUAGCACAUGCUUGAAAUUUCCAAACAACAAAUCCUCUCUGUCUUAUUAACUCGAUUUCGAAUCAUUAAUGAUAUCUAAAUCGUUACAAAUCUAGAUCAUGUUUUGUAUCAAGAAAAUCACUGUCUACGGACGACAUACAUUAUCGAAUUGAACCCGACAUGUCGGUGAAAUCCUAUUUCUUGUUGCUGUUGUACUGGAUCAAAAUUUCAGAAUUCAAACCGACAAAUACAUAAAUCAGUGAGAUUGAAGUUUAA